AUGGAGUAUUCAGGUUUGAUUCAGCAGCAACAGCGCGUUUCGGAUGGAGAAAUCAGAGUACAGAUGGACGAUGGUACUAUCAAAGAGCGGCCUUCCUUGAGUGUUCAUGCUGUAUCUAGCGAUAGCGAAAGUCUAAUAGGAUCAGACAUUGAGGACGAAACAGAAAACACUUUAUUUGAUGGUGGUGCUGGUGGUAAUACAUUAGUCACAUCACGACCAUUAAGUAAAGAUGAUAUGUUAUUAUUACCUCCAUUACCGCAAGCAUUAUUACCCUCUCGACAAAGUUCGAUAGUUAGUGCUACCGAGAUAGAAUCUCUCGGGAUAAGUACCAAUGCGAUGAUGACAAUGUCGUUGAAUGAUAAUGACAAUCAUGCAAUAUUACCUUUACCAUCAUUGAAUCAUGAUCAUGAUCAUGCAGAAUAUGAUCAUUCGGUAGAUUACACAUUGCAAGAUCUUUCAAAAGCAUUAGAGAUCAGUGAUCUCUCGUCAAGAGUUCAUAGUAGGAAUGUAUCUAUGUCAUCAUUAUCCUCAAUGACAAACUCCAAUACAAAUACAAACACAAACAUAAACAUAAAUAUAAAGACUCAUGGGAUACCGUCAACUAUCUCUGGGCCUAUCUCUGCAUCUUCAUCCACUACAAUGUCAUCACCUACUGUAAUGCCUUCAUUUUCAUUUGGUAGUAGUACCAAUAAUAAUAAUAAUAACAACAACAACAGCAGCAGUAGUAUUACUAUGGAUACAACUUCACGAAACAAUAGCAAUACAUCAAUGAUAAUGAUGAACAAGCGAUUUUUCCCGAUCAGUUUGUCGCGACAGAAUAGUAUUACUAGUACAAAUACUAUAACUAGUAGUACGAAGAUUAAAGCUCGGUCUAGAUCUUUAUCUAAUUCUAAUAUAUUCCGUAAAUUAAGUCUAGGGAGCAUAAAGCCUAAACGUAUACUUGAAAAUGAGGUUGAAAACGAAGUUGAGCCAUAUCAUGAACCUGUGUCUCCACAUCAACGAAUGAACAAUACGACUAAUAAUUCCUUUAUAAUAGGUAAUAUUAGCACCAUGAAAGAGUUAACGAAAUUUGAAAAAAUUAAUUUUCAUAAUAACGAAUUUGAACAAGAAACUUAUAUUCAUGAAUUAGUUGAAUUACAAAAGAAAGAUGAUAUGUUAUUUGAUAUAAUCAUUAAAAAAAUCACAAAAGAUAAUUGGAGUUCCAAGGAAGAAAUCAAUGAUUUAAAAUUACGAAGAAUUAAACUUAAUGAAUUAUGGGCCAAAAAAAUAAAUUAUUAUCAAAAUUUAUAA